AGUAUCGUUCAUAUAGUGUAACAGGAUAUAUGUUGAAUCCAACAUGGCGGAUAAAUAGGUAAAGUAACCCCACAAUUAGUCUAAUUUGUUUCAUCUCUUUGAGACGACGCAUGAAAUAUGCAGUGUGCAUUGUUCCUGCAAACCAUGGUUGAUUAUUUUGGAAAGGAUAACGACUUCCUUCCAGUUCAGAUGAAAAGGAGAAAGCCAUGGAGAAAAGUGCUCUAUGAAGACCAAGGUGUUCCGGACAAUUAUGUAGACAAGUCGUUUCUUGAUGAAAUGAGAAAAAAUCUAAAUACAAGAACUUACCAGUUCUGGUCAGUGGUUUCAGAGUCUGGAACAGUGUCACAACAGCUAAGCAGUGUUUGCAUAUUUGUGACAGCUUUUGUGUACAUGGACUUUGGUUACUUGUCACCCUCUUUGCUGUUUGUGGCUUCUUCUCUGUUGACACUGGCAGGAUGUGUUCUUUUUGAUCUUUUGGAUGGAGGGGCAUUAAGAUCUGAAUCAAAAAGAACUAGAGUAGAUGAUGUUAAAAGUUGUAUUGUGGUGCUUAGCUCUGUGUAUGUGCUAUCCCCAGUUUUAAAAACCUUAACUGAUACUAUUAGCACGGACACCAUCUAUGCCAUGACGACCUUCAUGCUUGGGAUGAACCUUCUUCUGUAUGAUUAUGGAACACGUGCUGCGAUAGUUUCAAGGUCUGCCUCCCUAAAUGCCUCCAUCUUUGCUUCUGUAUGUUUGGCGUCCCGUCUCCCCUCAUCCUGGCAUGUCUUUGCCACUGUCACAUUUGCUAUGCAGUUGUUUGCUUUGUUUCCAUCACUGAGAAGACAGCUCAAGAUGCAGCUACCAUCAAGUCAUGUUCUAGUGACCUGGACUCUGGUUUUAAUUGCUGUUGCAAUGCUAUGGCCACUUUCCCAACUGUUUGCAUUGUUGCUGGCUCUUGUUCACCUAGCAAUAACAUUUUUUUGUCCAUUCUGGCUAAUUCAAUUGCAACGAUUCAAAAACAAUAUACAUGGUCCAUGGGAUGAAGCUGUCAUUGAAGAAGAGCUUGAAGCAAAGCAGAAAUAACAACAGUCAAAGAUCCAUAGGUUAUCGUAUUCUCCAGACAGGCAUAUAUAUAUGGAUUGUGGCAAUUAAUACCAUCCUAACUGUCAUUUCAAUGAGACAGCUAGAAACACCCCAUCUGAAAUUUAACAUAAGCCUGCCUCCCAUAAUUGUUUGGAUGUGAGCCAGGUAAACUUUUGCUUUGACCCAGUGGA